AUGAGAAGGGCAAUGCAUAGUUUUACUAAUCUAAAAAGUCAGAUAGCAGGAGAAAGUGUUGAAUUUAAGGAAGCAGUGAAAAUAGUAUUGGGCCAAGAGAUGGUGCCUAGUGAACAGGUAGGGAUGUUGCUGUACUUGUUAGAAACAAGGUACAAGGACAAAGUAUUUGAAAUUGAGUAUCUACCUAAUCAAACAAAAACAGAAUCAAUUCCAAGCGAGUUAGAUUUUGUGGAAAUUGUAAGUAGAUUUGGAGCGGGCUUAUCAAUGGUCAAUAACUCGUACUUUAACCAUGUCUCUUCCUUUAUAACGAUGUACAUUGAGAAUGUGGUUGAAAUUCGCAAGAAAGGCGGUGAGUGUUAUUUUGACAAAAAGUUGGCUUUGUUAGAUAAGAUAUUUGAGAUAUUUAGCACGCGAUCUAAUGAGGAAAAGGACCUGUUUUUUGUCCCGUCGGAGGUUAUGGAUAUAAUGGUGGAGUUAAGUGAUAUUAGUCAAGAGGAAGGUCAGCUGUCUAUUAUUGAUAUGGUGAAUACUCUGCUGCGCAGUGAAGGACGAAUUCGAGUAAUGGUAGCUCUGAAAAAGGGACUGCGGGAGGUGUUUGAUGAUUUGCGGAUGAUUAUUCUGGUGGUUAAGGAACUGGGAAUUGGUCUGCUGGAGGAUCUUUAUGAAGCGGCUGAGAUUAUUCAUCUAAGAGAGACUAAGAGAGUGUGUGAGGGAGAGUCAAAGACUCUUUUAUGGCUGUCGGAGUACCUGAUGCAUGAGAUUAAGAAGUGGGUGAUAGAGGAACUGGAUGAUCUCAUCAUUUAUUUUGACCCGACUUCGCCCAAGCUAGCUAGUAUUUUGGUUAUUAAAACUCCAGAUAGUGCAGUCUUUAAAACUGAGCGAUUCAGUGUGGAUGUUUGCAAUACGCGCAUUCUGUACGAGGUGCUUAGAAGUAUGUGGCACUCACAAGUCCAGGCCAAUACGGUGCUUUUGGAAAUUGGCGGGCUGGUAGAACGGGUCGAAAGCGGUAUAUGGAGUCUGUUCACCAGGACCUUUAAGCUGAGUAUUAUAAAAUGUAAGGUUCGGUUUACGCCGAAAGCGACUACUGAAAGUGCGGAGUUACUGAAGGACUUCUUUUUGUCUAAAAUCACUGAAACAAUUACCCAACUAUCUAUCUCUCCGCUGAUUAACUUAGGUGAGCCUGUAAUGAAAGCACUGGCCCAAAACCUCCAACUUGAGUCACUAUCUCUACUUGAAGUAGAAAGACGUAAUGAAGUUUUGGGGUCCAUUGAAGACUUCUUAUUGUGGAUCUUUUCCAACCACGCCGCCUUUGCGCACUACUUGAAAUACCUUACACUUAUCUUUCCAAACUCGCCUACUACUCUGGCCGCCUUGUCUAAUAUGGUCUUUCCAGCCGUUGAGUCGUUUGAAAUCAACUUUCUGUUAAACAAGGGACAAACCUUGGAGAGAAACUCAGAAUCCCAAGAACUAAGCCAACUAAUCAACAAGAAAGUCUUUCCUACUCUGAAAGAAGCUACUGUGCAAAACCGGCUGGUAAGUCAGCAGGAGGUCGAAGCCAUCAAUGCUAAUCUGAAGAUGGUUCAGACCCGGCACGGUCGUUUUUACUGUCCGAUGGGAACAUCCUACAUUAAACAGGCGAUAUACACUUUCAAACAGGCCGAGAGCAUGUCGCUGAAUGCCGGAAUCGUUUUUCUGAUCCAGGAGAGUUUCGUGAUGACCUGGCUUGAAAGUCUUGGCACCACGGGUCCCCGAGAGUGUAUGACUUGCCAAGGGUCUUAUGUAAGUCAGGGCCAUCGAACUCUCGUGAUCUUUCCUUGUGGGAACAUCUUUCAUGUGGACUGUGCCUCCCGUUCUUUUGCCCAGAAGAAGAAUCUGUGCUGUUCAAUGUGUCGCAAGAAGGUCCACAUGUACAAAGGAUUGGCCAUGGCAGUCGACACUCAGUUCAACAAAAGCCUACAGGACGAGGCUGCGCCCAGCACCUUCUGUUCCCAAAAGCUUGGCGGGGGCUUAUCAUUAUUCCGUAUAGAAUAA